CUCCAAAAUCUAAAGAGCCCAUUAAUAUAAGUCAGAAUAACAGAAAACUCUUCACACACAUUCCCUUGCAUUCUUAUCCUCCUCUCCUUCUUCUUCUUCUUCUCCUCUAACAGCCAUGGAGUCCAAAACAAGCUCAGCAAACAAUCUUAGCAUCACUGUAGAGAGAAAUCCAUCUGAAUCUCGCUUAUCUGAACUGGGUAUCAAGUCAUGGCCUAAAUGGGGCUGUCCACCGGGGAAAUUCCCACUUAAAUUUGAUGCAGAAGAAACAUGCUACUUACUGAGAGGGAAGGUGAAGGCUUACACAAAAGGGUCGUCGGAGUUUGUCGAAUUCGGCGCCGGAGAUCUUGUGAUCAUCCCAAAGGGUCUGAGUUGCACUUGGGACGUAUCUGUUGCAGUAGAUAAACACUACAAAUUUGAUUCUUCAUCUUCAUCUUCAUCUUCAUCUUCAUCUUCUUAUUCUAAUUAGUUUUAAUCUUUAGUUUUCACUGUUUCAGUUUUAGUUUCUUCUCUUCAAUUAAAUUUUCUCUACCUCUCUUCUUCUGAUUAGUUGUCUCUAUUUAUUUGUAUUCUUAAGUCAAAGUAAAGGAAAUUUGGAAAUACAAAUCAGUAAAUAAA